AUGGUAGAAUCCUGCAGCCUCAUCCUCAGUAAUGAAGGUGUUGCUCUGGUCAGGGUCCCCCAGAAGGAGCUGGAGAGUCUCUGGGGUCGGAAGCCUUCCUUCAACAUCCAGUGUCUGAGGCGGCAAGGCAGCAGUGAUGACCUGCCGAUUCCUGGGACAUACCAUCCGACAUCACCGCCACGCCGCGUGCAGCAGGCGUAUGACUCCCACCACUCCUUGGGUCGUCCCUCAGUGGCCGCCUCAGCGUCCUGGGCUAAGCCGUGUCCUCGGCGUGGCCGCCUCCUCUACGCUCCGCUCAUUCUGAUGGAGGAGGGGGGCAGUCCGCCAUGGGAGGCAGGAGGAGUGUGUGAGGGGAAGAGAGGAGCGACAGGUUGCAGUGCAGCGGACCGACCGACCUGGUACGGUGGCCCUAUAGGGACAUCAGCUCCGCCCCCAUACCGGGCUUACACCACCCUCACAGUUCCCUCACAGCUCGGAGCUCCAUUCACGGACAAACGAGGAUCAGCCGACAGCCUGGUGGAGGCGGUUCUGAUCUCAGAGGGACUUGGGGUUUACGCUCAGGAUCCAAAGUUUGUAGCCUUUGCCAAGCGAGAGAUUGCGGACGCAUGUCACAUGACCGUGGAUGAGAUGGAGUCUGCGGCAAGCGACCUCCUCAGCUCUGGAAGCCACGACUUUCUGAGCACCAUCGCUGAUGACCCGACCGCACUCUACAGUGACGAGGAGCCAAUCAGGACGAGCCGUGAGGAGGAGGCGGAGCUGGCCGAUGAGAUGGCCUGUGUGACAUCACUCUGACUGUCCACAAAUCAGAGAGAGAGAGGGGGGACCGAUCAGAGAGGCGCGCCUUAAUCCAAGCAAAGAGUGAGAUUUGAGAAAUAUCACGUAAACAAAAAUACAUUUUAAACAAACAAAAAGUCAAAGAAAUAAAAAGUAAAUGAGGUUAGAAGACAAG